ACAGGCUCGAGCAACCCAUUUGCGGUCGGUGACGCCGCGAAGCGACGGUAUCGGCGCGCGAUCGUCGUCAGCAGGGAAUACGUUAGAGCAAGGUGGCCGGAGCGAUAGUUCGCGCGGGUUCUCCUUUCACUCGCGAUUCUAUUCGAUCCGAUACGAUCCGAUUUGGCCGAGACCUUCGGCGCUAGUCGGUCAGUCGUCCCGAGGAAAUCGAGCGGGCUGCUGGAACGGCGGCGUGAGCCUACUGCGAGGCGUACUGUCAGUCGCGGGCCAUCGGUGACAGCACUGUUCCUCUCGGCGCGGAUCCGCCGGCUGCGUGGGGAAUCUGAUCGAUCCAGGCCGAUCCAGAAUCGUGGAACCGAUGACAACGCCAGCACGGAAGAGGUGCGAGAGAGGAACGAGCGACGCUGCCGCCGCUAGUUCAAGGCCGAAGCCGUGAAAAGCUGUGAGCCGGGGUCGUCGGGACCGGACGAAUAACUUUGUGCCUUUUACCUGCUACGCUGUGCUCCGCGGCUGUGCCCGGUGUCCUAGGAAAAUUACUUCGAGAACAGAAGUAAGCAAAGAUGGCCUCUUUACGCUGCAUUGGAAUUUUUCUACUCAUAGUUGCGGGGCAGACAUGGGCAGACUUUGUAGUUACAAAGCAUGAUCUAAAGGUUUAUCAGAAUAGCAACGAUUCCUUCACAUUGUUUCUAACGAAACCUGUGGACAAGCUUGUAUCGGUAAAACUAGAUGUGCAACAUUCCGAUUUGGUCUCUGUUGACCCAUCUAGUUUCAAUACAGGCGAUGGUAAAACAAAUUGGACAAUACAAGUAAAGGGUAUCAACGCGGGACACUCGAUUGUUAGCGCGAACGUAACGCCUAGCAAUGUGUACGAUUUCUCGCAAGCGUUUGUCAGAGUAACUAUAGAAAAAUCGGACGCUCUUUACCAGAUCAGUAACGUAGUGGGAUGGAUAUACUUUUUAGCGUGGAGCGUCAGCUUCUAUCCGCAAAUAUACAGUAACUACAAGCGCAAGAGCGUCGUAGGCUUAAAUUUCGAUUAUUUAUCGUUGAACGCAGUCGGUUUCCUUCUGUACGCACUGUUCAACUGCGGCCUGUUUUGGAUACCGGAGAUCGAGCUUGAAUAUUUCAGGCGGAACCCGAAGGGUUUGAACCCUGUACAAGUGAACGAUAUUUUCUUCUCCUUGCAUGCACUAUUCGCCACUGUGGUAACUAUCGCUCAGUGCGUUGUAUACGAGAGGGGCAGUCAAGCAGUAUCUAUAACCGCGUCUAUCAUCCACACCGUAUUCGCAGUAUUUAUAUUACUUUCUAUAAUACUGGCAUCUGUAUCUGUAUUACCAUGGUUGGACUUCCUUUAUUACUGCAGUUACGUUAAAUUGUGCAUAACGUUGAUCAAAUACGUUCCGCAAGCGGUUUACAAUUACAAACGGAAGUCCACAGUCGGCUGGAGCAUCGGCAACAUAUUAUUAGACUUUACCGGCGGCAUUCUGUCGAUGCUGCAGAUGAUAUUAAACGCGUACAAUUACGAUGAUUGGGACAGUAUUUUCGGAGAUGCAACGAAAUUCGGUCUGGGAUUCUUUUCGGUUGCGUUCGAUAUAUUUUUCAUUAUACAACAUUACGUUUUAUAUCGUCUAGAUACCGAGAAUGGAACAAGUGACGAGACGCUUCAUAAACAAGACGAUUUAUAUAACAAGGAAAAGGGGACGCUAAAGAAUAUUUUCUGUUGCCGUUCGUGAGACAGAGAUACGUAGAUGUUCCGCGGUAGAGGAGAGUGUUUCCGUUGCAAAAUGCAUUUCAUUAGUAACGAGAACCCAGUGCACAGUAUUCGAUAUAUUCUUAAUGGGACAUUCCAUAGAGAACAUUCCAUUCACUAUUUUCUUUUCUUUUUUUUUGCAACGUAUACGGAACCGUCGUUGAGAUUAUUUAACCGUUUUUUUUGUCGUCGGGCGUCUAGAAUCUCUAUCGAUUGUUAAUUACGGAACAAAUGCGAGAAAGUGGGGACAUACGAUAGAUCGAUAGGUGUAUAUAUACAUUUUGUAUAGACUCUAGCGCGUUAGAGGUCGAUUCGAUUCGAGCGAGUUAGGGAUAUUUUCUGCGCAAGAAUUACAUGGUCCAUGAAUUGGCGGGGAUAGUUCUGCCGUCGACUGAAAAUUACGUAAUGUAAAUAUAUGUCACAGUGCCAGAUCGAGUAAUUGCGAAUAAACGAAAACUAUCGAUUCAGUAUCUGUGAUGUUGCGAUCGUAGAACAUUUUGAGGCACAGAAGGUGGUGGUAUCGUAUUUUUAGGUUACCGUUUCAAACGUAUCAAUUUUACCAUCGGUAUUCCUUUGUUACGAUAAACAUUUCAAAAAAGAAAAAGAAAGAAGCACUGAACACGCUGUAACUGUCAAGAUCCUACGUUUAUAUAUUUAUACAUCGAUGUUGUUGUUGUUGCAAUAAAAAUUGUUCUUGCGUU